UAUAAAUAGUUGUUAUCUGUAUGUGGCAUUUGUAUUAACUGAUAAAAAAACAUAUUAAUCACAUUUUCAAAUUACCAUCCAUAACUACGGAUAUGUCACCAAAUAUGCAAAAUAAUGUUUUAGAGCUGAAACACUUGCUCUCUGAAUGGAAAAUUGAGUAUUUGUUACCACAUUUAAGCGCUCAACGUGUGAAUAUCGAAGUUUUGGAAAUGAUGAAAGAGUCUCACAUAAAGCUACUAUUGCAUAGUUAUCCGAUCGGAGAUCAGAUACGUUUUGAAUAUAAUUUAGAAAAGUGGCGUCUUGAUAUUGGUAAACCUCUGAUCUUUAAUAAAACUGAGGAAAUAAAUGCAACAACACCUCCAUCGGAAAGUAAAGCCAAACAUUGGGAAACAAAUGCCAUUCAAGAUAUCGAAAUGCCAAUCAAGUUAAAUAAAGAUGGGGACAUUAGAAAUAUAAAGGAAGAACAAUCAUACGAUCCCUUAGCCGGUCCACUAAAUACUAGUAACCUUGUUAUAUUGCCGUCAUCGUAUGCAGCCAAGUCUAGUAAACCUAUGCCAUACACAACUAAAGCCCACGGUCCGAUACCGAAAGUAAAUAUUAAGGAAAUCCUAUUAAGCUGUAAACCGGCAGGACCUGAAUUAAUAAAAAUCUAUCGUACGCAAAAGUUUUUUACUAAAUCCGAGAGAGCUAGACUUAUUAGCACUAUUGUAAGUUAUUAUUUGGAUAAUGAAAUUCAUUUAAACCUACAAACAAGUUACGCUUUGGAGAAAGAAAUUCUUAAAAUGUUUCCAACAGAAACUUUAGACAUGUAUCGCCAGGCGAAACGUGGCAAAAUUUAUAUGCGCUAUGGCAGUGCCAAAUGGAUUUACAGUAAACAUAAGCGCUUAGCGGAUGAAGCGGUUAAAAAAAUGCAAGACCGUGAGGAAAAACAAAAUAGUGAUAACAAUCCCGAUAUUUCCUCUGAAGAAGGUGAACAAACUUCAACUGUUAUAACAGAAAAUGCAGGUUUCGAUUUAAAAAAAUAUAAACUACGUUCAGUAACAAACAAUGAAAACGCCGAAAUUAAAAACGACGAUAAACGUAUCCAUGUCAUACAAGAUGUGUUGUUGCAAAAUAUUCAAAAUGAUAUAAAACAUUGA